UUCCACAGCAAAUUACUCCCAUCCUCACAAACACUCUUCUCCUAAGCUCUAGCACUUAACUAGCAAUAUUAAUUAGCAUUUGCUAGAGAGACUAGGAGUAUAAACAUACCCCAGUUUAAGAUGGCUUCAAAAACUUGUUCCUCCCUUGCCCUUUUCCUCACACUCAACCUCAUUUUCUUCUCACUUGUUUCUGCAUGCGGUUAUACACCAUGCCCUGGUCCAAACCCAAAGCCAAGGCCCAACCCCAACCCUAACCCUAACCCUAGCCCAAGUGGCUCCUGCCCCCGUGAUGCACUCAAACUAGGUGUAUGCGCCAAUGUGCUAAACUUGGUGAACGUCACUUUGGGUCAACCACCAGUUACCCCUUGCUGCACCCUUCUCGAUGGUCUCGUUGACCUUGAAGCUGCAGUGUGCCUAUGCACUGCCCUCAAAGCAAACAUUUUGGGCAUCAACCUCAACCUUCCAAUCUCACUCAGCUUGCUUCUCAAUGUUUGCUCAAGGAAAGUCCCACGUGAUUUCCAAUGUGCCUAAGCUUAUACUAUCACAUAUCAUCUUAUAUCCUUCUUCUGCUUCGGGUUUGCUCUAGUUGUGCUUUUCCAUUUUUUAUUUUUAUUUUUCAAAUUCUAUUCAUCAGUGUGUGAUUCUGAUUAAUUUGUACGUGCAUGGAGGGUUAACUUCCGAUCGUUAUUCCUUCCUUUUUGGUGGUAUUUUAAUUGUAUGGUUAAUUGGAGUGUUGCGAUAAAUAAAGUUCCCGAUGCUGGCUUAUGUAAAUCGCAAGGGAACCAACAAGAUGAUGAACUAUUGUGUUAUUUAUUUAAUUCGAUUGAGAAAUUAUUAUUGUAUUACUUACAAAGAAUCCUUCUUAAUAUAUUUCUGUCUUUUGUCUUUUUGGUAAA